UGAUUCUGGAAAGUCUUCAAAAUCAUUGCCACUGAAUUCGCUUAAUACCAAUUUUAUGAAUUUUAUAUCGAAUCACUGUGCAUUUUUAUAUCAAACUACUGACUUUCAAUUAUCUGAUAUAUUAUAUUUAAUCGCAAAUGAUGUAAAUCGUUAA